ACCUACGAGGGUAUUCGGACUGAUUGCAAAAGUCUCCAUCGCGCGCGCGCGAUUCUGCCGCGUUACGAAUGUAACGUCGAGGUAUCUUAUUUCAUUACAUAUCAUGUCCGGUAUCGAAUUAUCUUUCGAACAAUCGCGCGUAUAUCACAUGGCCGAAUGUAGGUGUUUUCGAAUAAUGUGCAAUAAUUGGUACCAAAGGCGUCACAAGUUUAACAUUUCAAUACAAUUAACAUUUCAUGUACAAUUCCGACUGAAAUAUUGAGCGUUAUGAUUGUAAUAAUAAUUGUGUUUAAUAUUUAAAAUUUUAGACAAAGCUGAAAAAAUAUUAUCUGUACUUGUCUGUACAUUAAUCUGUACAUUAAUAAACAUUUAAUCGGGGAGACCAAAAAAAAUUAUUUCUAAAAGGUAUAGAGAGCGAUGACUACAUUUAUCAAAGAGGAAGAGAAAGAGAGAAGAACGAGACGAAUUUACAAUAACGUGAAUGGGAUGCAAUACGUGGCGUUAGCAAACAAGUUUUAUUUUACAGACAAACCCAUAUACGCGACCGCGCCAAGAAAACCAUGAGAAGUCGUAUAUGUUAAACAUUUCGAUCGACCAUUAUAUAGGAAGACGAUUUUCACUCGCGUGUGUAUCACCAGACUUGACUUUCGCACCAGUCGAGCUGUGGGUUCGAGUCGAGCCAACGUGAAAAUUGGUACGACGCGCGAUGUUUCUCGGCAUCGUCAUAAAACUUUAACGUCUUCUCGCGAGCCGAGAGUAUGUCUUCCCCUUUGACGGAAGUCAAGUACUUUUUAUUUAUCAGCCAAUUCGCCGGUUUUACGUCCGCCCAUACACGAGGGAAAUACGAACGCGAUCUUCGUAUCCGAGAGCGAAUUUCUCUCUGCACUUCGGACCUGAGAGCCCCAGGCUCUCCCUCGGCCGCGGCAUAAUGCAAGCAUCAUUCUUGUUGUUAUUAUCAUUAUUUAGGAUCCACAACCGCUCUUGCGUUGAUCGGGGCAUCGCUCGAUAUGAAACCGUUUCAGCAACACACCGUAAAGACGCCAACGACGCGGCUCUUCGCACUCUUUAUUUUCCUUCGCCGAGGUGAGACUUUCCUCCUCGUCCGCGCUCGUUACGCGAAAUUGGCUUAUUUGCAAGCGAUCCUGUCGAGCGUAGGUGGUGGUGGUGUGCGACGGCGACAUGACCAACAGAAAAAACGUAACGGCAAGUGAGCGCUCUCCCUUCGCGAAACGCAGUCUGAAUUACGCUAAUUAGCCGCGUCUCGUGCAUGCAAAAAGUUUCGCAGCCGCUGUGUGUAUGUAUGCACGUGUGUUUCGCCGAGUUCUUAUUUUAUAAUUUACUCUCAAGGUAUCAUUCGAGACUAUGAGAGUCAGCAACAUAUAAAACUUACAUUUUAAUAUUUACUUUAGUAAUACGAACGGUACUUCUGCUCCGUUCCUUAUAAUAUCUUAUAAAAACUUUCGAAUGUAAUUAUUGAAAAGAUAACAAGAAAAGUCUUGCGUUGUUGCGCGGAAGUGUACGGUCGGUCGAUAAUAGAAAUGUAGACGUAUUAUACUUCGAAACGGAGAACGAUACUUGUAUUAUUCUGUCUUGUUUUCUUUAAGUAUAUAGUCCUUCGUACAGAAAUAUGCAAUGCGCACGAGCGCUCCAAGAUAAGCGCUCCUUUUUUCUAUCUUUCUGGGUUACCGUUGUUUGUUAUUGCAUACAGUCUACGUUAUAAGUUGUUAGACGCGGAACGCCGAGAGCGAUUUACUAGCUACUUGGCAACACGCGACUAGAAAGUUGCUCGUGCUUUGAUCGCCUAACAUAUAAAUCGAGCAUUGUUCGUAUAACUGCCUGCUUGCCGCGCCGCGCCGUUUUCUUUCUAAUUGCAUUCGAAUUCCGUUUUCAAGAGAGAGAGAGAGAGAGAAAGAGAGAAAGAGAAAGAAAGGGACAGAUGAAGAGAAGGAGAAAGAGAGAGCAUUUAGAUGCGAUACACACUUAUCGUAUCGCGUUCGAGCGUUAUGGAAUGCGUUAUAAUUCGCGAACGUGAACUUGCAACGUUAGAAAUUGCGCGCAAGUUAUUUCGUUUGUGAUUUAAGUCCGUAUUUAGCCGCGUUUCUGCCAAAGAAUUUAGUUGAAACUGUUGAUAGUUUUCAUAUAGUUUAACAAUUGCAUUUUGAAAAAAACUCAAAUGUGUGUGAAAUUUUUCUUGGAAUACACAGUUUUGAUUUCUGGAGGAUUGUACAAGUACAUAUUUAAUGACUUUUGGAUCUCGUAUCGGUUGAAUAUUAAAAUUGCGAAAGAUUAAUGUAUUACGAAUAGAAUUAACCCCCCAUAUUUUAGGCGAUGCUAAUGAGUUCGUAAAACGUGACUAUAGUUUGCCGAAAUUUACUCGAAAUAAGCAGAACAUAAUAACCAAUGUACAGUUACGUCAUGAUGUAUACAUUUCCACGAAUUGAGCUUGCACGCGACGCUCGGUAUGUAUUUGGCCUUCGUUUUUGCAUCGUUUGGCAUGCUACUGUUUACACGCGGUCAUAUUGUUAUCAUUCACGCGGCGAGAUUCAAAGCGGCAGGUAGCGGGCCCGAGCCGUUCCGCGUGUGUGUCGUAGUUUUACUCGGGAUACGAUCAAGUCAAGUGCCACAAGACGCUAAAUGCAAUUAUUUCCUGUAAUUGAUUAGAGACCGCACGCGAAUGAUUUAUGAUCCCGUAAGCGUAUUAAGACGACAGUUAUUUAUCGAAAGUAGAUGUUUCGCGCGUUAUUCGUCCGAUAGGAUAAAGGAGUAAAGUGCGUGCCGCGCAUACAAUAAAAGAUCGGAGACGCCAUGUAAAACGCCGCGCGAUGAUUAAUACGAACGUGUACGAUCUUCCCAUCCCAGGUAUCGAUUAUCAAACCGCGCGCGAUCGUAAUUAGUAUUUUCACGAGUGAGCGUCGGGUUAUGAAGAAGCUGCAACGGAGGGACGAGCAGGAGGAAGGAGGAGAAGGCUUGGGAGACGUCGGGCGACAACGGAGCUACUGUAGGGAUGCUGCGGUCGGCGGAUCACCUUCUUCUGCAUCCGAGCGGCGAGAUCGCGCUCCGAUUAUGAUGUGAGCUACUGAAGGUGGAAUCGUCAGGAACCGCGAGGUCCUCGCAAUGGAGGCGGGACCAAAGCAGCAGCCGCCGCAACAGCAACAGCCUCAGCAGCAGCAGCAGCAGUCGCCUCAGCAGCAACAGCAACAGCAGCAACAGGACUCACCCGGAAGCGCGACGUCUCAGAGUCAGGCAGUCAUCGGUCCUCAAGGUUGUCCUACGCAGGGUCAAGGUCAGCAGAAUGCGGAGGAUGCGCUCGCGGCGGCGGAGAACACCCCCGUCAAUGAGGGCGUGCUCCUCGCUCGGAUCCACGUGCCCGAGCUCUACGUCAGCAAGUGUCUGCAGUUCCCGAAGGAUCAGCUGGUCUGGGACGUGAAGCAGCAAUGUCUGGCGUCCUUGCCCAAGGUGGCCACUUGGUACAGGGAGCUGAAGGAGAGCUUCAAUUACGGCCUCUUCUGCCCGCCAGUGAAUGGAAAAGCCGGAAAAUUCCUGGACGAGGAACGCCGCCUCGGCGAUUAUCCUUUCAAUGGACCCGUCGGGUAUCUGGAGCUCAAAUACAAGAGGCGGGUGUACAAGAUGCUGCAUUUGGAUGAAAAACAGCUCAAGGCUAUGCACACCAGGACGAAUUUGCGAAGGUUAUUGGAUUAUGUGCAGAGCAGUCAGGUCGAGAAGAUCGCGAAGAUGUGCAGCAAGGGGCUGGAUCCUAAUUUCCAUUGUCAGGAAACAGGAGAGACGCCGUUGACCUUGGCAACUACCUUGAAAAAGCCAUCCAAGGUUAUAAUUGCAUUGGUCAAUGGCGGUGCUCUACUGGAUUACCGAACGAAGGAGGGCUUAACGGCGAUGCAUCGCGCCGUUGAACGGAACAGUUUGGAAGCGGUGAAGACGCUUCUGGAGCUGGGUGCUAGUCCGAAUUACAAGGAUACCAAGGGCUUGACGCCGCUCUAUUACAGCGUCAUUUACAAGACCGAUCCGAUGCUCUGCGAGACGUUGCUUCACGAUCAUGCGACGAUAGGAGCUCAGGAUCUCCAGGGCUGGCAGGAAGUUCAUCAGGCAUGUCGCAACAAUCUGGUGCAGCAUCUGGACCACCUGCUUUUCUACGGCGCUGACAUGAACGCGCGCAACGCGUCCGGUAACACGCCGUUGCACGUGUGCGCGGUGAAUAACACGGACGCCUCGUGCAUACGUCAGCUACUCUUCAGGGGCGCGCAGAAGGACGCGCUCAACUACGCGAACCAAACGCCGUACCAAGUCGCGGUGAUCGCGGGCAACAUGGAGCUUGCCGAAGUCAUCAAGAACUAUCAAUCGGAGGAAGUCGUACCAUUUAAAGGGCCGCCACGCUACAACCCGAAACGACGCUCGGUGGCCUUCACUGGCACCUCCUCGAUGAUGACGACGAGCUGCUCGGCGAGCAAUCUGGGCACCCUCACCAGGAUACCGUCCACCGAACAGCACGCGGUGACUUCUAGCGUCGGUGGUACCGCUGGUACCCUUACCAGAACCAUCUCGGUGGAACAGUACUCGAGUAUCACGCGGGUACCUUCCGCCGAGCAGUACGCUACCACCGCAGCGGCAGCCGUGAGUUUGAACCGAGUACCGUCCACGGAACAAUCGUAUCCACCACCUCCGUCGUCCGGCGUGCUCGUUCGGGUCGCGUCCGAGGAGAAAUACGCGCCGUCCGGUGUUAUGCUGAGCAGAACCUCAUCUGGCGAGCGAUACGACGCCACCCUGAUCAGAGUAUCGUCCGCCGAACAGUACCCGACCACUAACACGCUGAUCAGAGUACCGUCCACGGAGCAGUACCCGUCCGCCGCGGUGAGCCUGACCAGAGUACCGUCCACGGAACAAUAUCCCUCCACCGGUGGGAUCACGAUCGUCGGUCAGACGACCGAGUCAAGCCACCACGGAAGCCUCGGCAGAGUACCGUCCAUAGAAUCGAGCAGAAACGAUUUACCGUCGAGAAUACCGUCCGAACAGAACGGCCACCGACUGACGUCGGAGUACCAGAGUCCAAAUUCCUUGAGAGAUCCUAACGUGAGAUUGCCGAGCGCCGCGGAGAAUUAUUCGAACUUGAGAAUGGAGGGCCUGACGAGGCUGCAAGAGCACCGGCUCGAGCUGCAGCAUCGCCUCGAUAUGCACAGAACGCAGAUGGAGAUGCCGCCGUCGCCGUCGCCGAGCAGCAGGAGUUUAGCGCCUUUCAGCUCGGCCAGCUCGAGCUUGUCCGAAGGCAGCAAUCAGCCGUCCGGCGAAGACUCGGCCAGCAUCGUCACAGACAAGAGCCUCGGCGACACGGCGUCCGACGUGAUCAGCGACAGUUCCGGGGUGGGAACCUCGCAGUCCGACACAACCAAUUCAUUAUCCAUUCCCGGCACGACGGUGGUCUGCGUGGAGAACUACAGCAGCGGGAUCACCGGCCAUCUGACUAUCAAUCAAGGAGACAUCCUUGAAGUCACCGGUGCGACCGACUGCGGCCUCCUGGAGGGGGUCUUACGCGGACAGGGUACCGGUCUGUUCCCCGCGCAUUGCGUUCAGGAAGUCCGGUUGCGUCACACGAAUAUACCUCUGGGCCCGCAACCCGCCAGGGACGGACGAAAUCGAGUUUUGGGCCGCAGAGAAUCGCAACACAAGUACUUUGCUACCGCACCUAGGUUAAAGAAACCUGUCACGUCGGAGCCCCGCACUGUUGUUCUUCAUCGUUCGAGGAAAGGCUUCGGCUUCGUGUUGCGCGGCGCCAAGGCCACCUCGCCACUAAUGGAACUCACACCGUCAGCCAAGUAUCCGGCGUUACAAUAUCUGGACGAUGUCGAUCAAGGAGGCGUGGCCGAUUUAGCAGGUCUCCGAAAAGGAGAUUAUCUCAUUCAAAUCAAUGGCGAGGACGUAACGACGGCCUCCCACGAACACGUGGUCGACCUGAUAAGGAAAUCGGGAGAGUUGGUGCGAAUGACCGUAGUCUCGCCAGUGAUCGCUCUUCCGAAUUCCCAGUCGGCGGCCGCAUUGCCAACUAGUCAACCGAUUCAGAGACAAUACGCAACCUUGCCGCGCAAGGGUAACAACAACGUAGUGAUUGGCGGUACGCUUGGCAGGUCUCCAGCUCCUGUACCGCCUCGAAGAGAUCCGAAGACCACGCUAAGCGUGGGGCGAGCGAGAGCGCGAUCGAUGGUCGCAGGAUUAGAGGGAGGCGGCGAAAGGGACGAUCGUGACGAGAUUGCGUCGACCGGUGCGAAGUCGAGCAGCGCGGAAUCGAUUCACAUGCCACAGCAGCCGUCGACCGGAUCGAACACCGGUCAGAACACACCAGUGCAACCGAGAACAGCCAGCAUCCGAUCGCGUCCGACCUCCAGCCGAAUCACCGCCGCGGAACUUGAAGAACUAUUUCAGCGGCAGCAGGGUAGCGCCGGCGGUCAGUACAGCUCGUCCAUGAUGAGCUCCUCUCACUUUCAGACUACUGGUCAGUCCACCAAGUCGCAUCCAUCGUCGCCUGCCAAGACCGGCAGGGUGUACGCGAGCGUAGCGGAGAUGAAGCGCAAGGGCAAAUCGCAAUCGAGAGUACGCUUCUUCGGUGGCUUGGGCGGAGGUUCCGAUCUUCACAGGGACUUCCACAGCACGCCGGAUCUCAACGUGCAAGCGCAGUCGUCGUCCCUUCUAGCGCCCAAGUGUCACAGAAGCCAGGAAGAUGUAAAUGCUCUAAACGGUAGAAAUGGGCUUCCACCUCCGAAUCACCCACCGCCACCUCCGCCGGUCGGACAAGUCGUCAAGGUGAAUGUCGGUGCCAACGUGCCAGACGUCGUUACGCCAGCUUCAGUCUACGAUAACAUGGCGCACAUCCAGCAAGUCAAAGAACUCGCAGCAGCCACAGUCGACGGUAUCUACGGAGUGAUGUCGAGCUUCCGACCGUCGAAUAGCGCGAAACUGUACGCCUCGCCGGAAGACAUGAAGACCGUUGGAUAUCGUUCGCGUAGUCUACCGGCAAAUCGUCCGCAUCUGAGGAAGUCUCACAGUCUACGCAGCACGCCGAGCAGCACGACAUUCAAGUCGACCGGCAGUCAACAGGCGCUGAAUACCAGCAUCAAUAUGAACAGUAACGGGAACGGUAAUAAUUCGGUCAACAAUCAGUACGCGCAACCGUUGAAGACCACCAGGAGUCACAGCACGGCCGGUAUUCGUGAGCGAAAGAAGAAGACCGUCGUGAGCACCAGCUCGUCCAUCACGAACCUCUCGUCGAUCGUGUCCGGCGCGAAUGGAACGCCCGCACAACCCACCACGGCGCCGCCCAUCCCCGAGCCAGAUUACAGUCUGUCGGAGUCGGAGAACGAUGAAGGCGAGGACGAGACGGACGAAGAUGGCGAAUCGGAGAUUGCGAAGGAGCUGGAGAAGGCGGCGGCGCGAGAGAAGCUGGAGGCAGCGCGUGAAACGUCCGGCAACUCCAACACAUCCGGCUCGAGUUCGUCGGGCAGCGGUUCGCUACCGCAUUCCUUCAGUGUCGAGGAGAUUCAGAAAGUGCGCACGCAGUUAAAGUCGUCGAAGAGUCAUCCGAACGACUUUCUCUUGCAAACGCAACAAUCGCUCGUCGAGGACGGCGACAACAGCUCGAGCGGCGUCAGCUCGGACCAAGAUGUGCCGGUGGGACCACCGAUGGGCUUCGACGACACCGCUGCGCGGAAUCUGGCUAAUCAGGAGAACAACCAGCACUCGACGCCGGGGGGCGCGACUCUGCUAACCGGUCCGAUCGAAAAGGAGAGCAAUCAGACCAAACGACCAGGCUACGGCGGCAGCGGUUUGUUGACCAGGCACGCAGUCAGCCUGGCGCAGCUACCGCCGCCGAUCGAAGCCGACGCCGAGGAGCAGAACAACGAUCUGUUCGUACCGCCGCCGCCGGAAUUCAACGCCGGUCCGUCUGCUGGCGGCCAAGACCAGGAAGUGGUGGUGUUUGCGCCGCCGCCGCAGUUCUGCGAUAACAAGCAGCAAACACAGCAGCAGCAGCAGCAGAAUCGCGUCAAGAUAAUCGGCGCGAUUCCCAAGGCCGCCGGAAAUCAAGUGAAGGCAUCGGGCGGUCGGUUGCCGUAAAGAGGAUACCACACGGAUCGUAGCACGAAUGAGUAUUGGUGUAUUACUUCCUGACGAGGCGAGCAGAAAAGAAUUUUUAACACAUACAUCGCGAUUUUGAAGUCAAUAUAUUUAGAGGCUUUCUGCCUUUUCGGUAGUGAUCACCGCGCGACGAGCGCACUAAACUUUUAGACUAUAUCGAUCCGAUAAGACAGGAUCGACGAUCCGCGCGAGCGUAUAUAAAGCGCGGUCGCUUGGACGAAUUUUUUUCCAAGAGUAAAUCGUAUUCUAAUCGAGCGUCUAGGAGUCGUAGGAAGUAUACCGAGGAGAUAAUCGAGCGCGUUUUUACCAAGUAAGUUUACGAGUGUGAGCGUACGUCCGAUUGCACCACAAUAGAGGAUUGGUUUGUCGCACACGAGCGCGCACGGUCGACCAUAAUAGUUUGUCCAUCGCCACCCUGUCCGUGAGUGUGAGCCGACAGAUUCGCAAAAACCGAUUCGCUGCGUCGUAGAGGAAACGUGAGCGGCCUAAGGGCACGAAAGGAGCGAAUAUACACAUUCCGACGGAAGAAGACAAACAGCCGGGAGAGGGAGAUAGAAAAGAAGGAAAUGCAUUUGAUGCGUGUACGUGUGCGUGAGUUGGUGAAUGUGCAUUGCAUAUCGGUUUGUUUUUCAUGUUUCUAUCGAACUACGAGGUGUGUUUUAAUACUUUUUACAUGACCACGAUACAACACUCUUCGCUCCGAGAACACGGAACUCGAGACAGUUUUUGCAAAUCGCUUCUAAAUCAAUUUUAAGCAAAAAACAUUUACAGCAUUCUCGCUCACUCUCGAUCCCCCUUUGCCGGCGAAGCAUCAUCGACGGCGAUGAUUUUCAGUGACGAUGACGCGAAAAUCACGUAACUGAUUAGUUGUUAAUAAUGUCGAGCAAGCGCGGUUUUUUAGUUUCUCUCGUGUCUAGACACUGCUCAAAUGCCUAAUCACAAAGCUCUACUCGCGAAGUCAUUAGAGAUUCUUCCUAGUUUGUAAUUGCAAAUAUUAUUAAUAUUAGUAUUAUGAUUUUAUUAUUAUAUAUUAUUAAUAUUAUUGUUAGAGCAUUGUUAUUAUAUAAUUAUACGGCGACUAUAACGCUCCACUAACGAGCCCCUCGAGAAAGCGUAGUCGCGUCACAAAAGGAUGUGCAGCACUAUACUUUGUUAUAAUGCACCAUCGUUGCUCCAGUCUGUAUAAAGUAAAUCGUACUCCUUCCAUCCGCGUGAGAAAAGCUUCCCUGAGCCGGAAAACUUUUUAUGUCCGUGUACAUCACUGUCGAAUAAGUAUGAAAAUCAAAGUCUUGCAGGCGAGAUAUAUAUCUCUCGCAUGCACGAAAUUGAUCAAGUUCACCGAUGAUUGGAUCGGAUUCGCGACUCGAGCUCUUCGCACAAGCGCAGUCCAAAAUUUUCUUGAAAGUUAAUUACGAGUAUGUAUGUACAUAUAUAAUAUAUAUACACACACACACACAUUGAAUCUUCCUGAAUACUAUUUCUACGCCUUCGCAAACGCUGGACAAAAAUCGCAUUUUGUGCAGCACAAGUGCGAGCGCACAUGAGUCGCCGUGUGGUUUUUGAGAUGUGGCAGAGGCCGAGUCAUCAUACAUUUUUAAAUGUUCCUUC